AUGAAUACCUUGCUUUUAUUCACCGUGGCCGUUCCCCCCGCAUACGCCAAAAUCCGCAAUGACACAUUCCGCACUUUAGCCACCGAUCCUCUGUUUAAACGCCGCGUCACAGAAGCUAGCUUGAUUCGAUUGUUAAAUGCUGUGGCAUGGAAACUGCACGACUCAAAAACAAAACGGAAAUCUCGGCCUUCUUCCAGACGACGCGAGAUGGAGCUAUUAGUCAAUACACCACCGAGGAUCGACGAGGAUCCCGAAGACCCAGGCUCUUCGAAUAGCGCGCAUGUAAAUGACUCUGCAAUCUACGUGCAAGGAAUGAAUGUCCUCUGCGCUCCCUUCCUCUAUGCAGCCCGCAGCGAAGUAGAAGCGUUUGCUCUAUUCCACUUCUUUGUCACCAAGGAAUGCCCGGGUUACAUUCGAGGUGCUAUGGAUGGAGUACAUAGGGGUCUUCGACUAGUUGACAGAUGCCUAGAGAUUGUGGAGCCUAAACUUGCUGCCCACCUCUUCUCCAAGGGUAUGUAUGCAGAGCUCUAUGCCUUCCCAUCUGUCCUCACGCUCUGCGCUUGUACACCACCGCUUCCUGAAGUUCUCCACCUAUGGGAUUUCCUCUUCGCCUACGGAUCUCAUCUCAAUAUUGUUUGUAUUGUGGCCCAAUUAGUCCGUAUGCGGGACACGCUUCUCGCAAGUGAUAACCCGAACAAAAUACUUCGAAAUCUCCCUCCUCUCAAUGCCAAGGAAAUCAUCGCUCUGACAGUACUCCUGGUGCAGAGGAUUCCUUCUGAUUUAUAUGCUGAAAUGGUCACCCAUGCGAAAUGA